AUGUCACUAUUUCAGGCUCUUUAUGGGUACCAACCACCUCACCUCAUCUCCCCUAUUCCUCCAACAACUUCAGUGGCAUCUGUAGAGUUUUAUCUUCAAGAGAGAAAUGUCAUGCUACAACUUCUCAGAGAAGACUUAGAUAAGGCUCAGAGUAGGAUGAAGUUUUUUGCAGAUAAGACGCGCAGUGACAGAGAGUUUGCAGUGGGUGAUUUAGUUUUUCUCAAGCUACAACCAUACAUGCAAUCUUCAGUAGCUAUUAACAAGAAUUUCAAGUUGUCAGCUAAAUACUUUGGUCCAUUUAAAGUGUUGCAGCGAAUUGGAGAAGUGGCUUACAAAUUACAAUUACAUGUUGGAUCUUGCAUUCACCUUGUCUUCUAUGUAUCACAACUUAAACAACACAUUGGGUUAAAAACUACUACAAUGCCAUAA